UAACCCUUUUUCGAACUGGGACGUAACUAGGUCAUUGCACCGAACGCUCAAAAGUAGCUUCAUGAUUGCUCCGUAUGCAAUUCGCGUUCGUUGAAUACUAUUAAAUAAUUCGGGUAGUAAAUUACUUUUAAAAGAGUACCGCAGAUACCCUAUGGUAAACGGAUGUAUAUUAGAUUGGAAGCUGAAUUAGUGAGGCAGAUACCUAUGGUAGGCGGAUGCAGAUGAGAUUGGAAGCUGCAUUAGUGAGGCAGAUACCCUAUGGUAGGCGGAUGCAGAUGAGAUUGAAAGCUGCAUUAAUGGGGCAGAUACCCUAUGGUAGGCGGAUGCAGAUGAGAUUGGAAGCUGCAUUAAUGAGGCAGAUACCCUAUGGUAGGCGGAUGCAGAUGAGAUUGGAAGCUGCAUAAGUAAGGCAGAUACCUUAUGGUAGGCUGAUGUAGAUUAUAUUGGAAGCUGAAUUAGUGAGGCGGAUACCCUAUGGUAGGCGGAUGUAAAUGAGAUUGGAAGCUGCAGUAGUGAGGCGGAUACCCUAUGGUAGGCGGAUGUAUAUUAGAUUGGAAGCUGCAUUGGUGAGGCAGAUACCUAUGGUAGGCGGAUGUAGAUUAGAUUGGAAGCUGCAUUAGUGGGGCAGAUACCCUAUGGUCGGCGGAUGCAGAUGAGAUUGGAAGCUGCAUUAUUGGGGCAGAUACCAUAUGGUAGGCGGAUGUAUUUUAGAUUGGAAGCUGAAUUUGUGAGGCAGGUACCCUAUGGUAGGCGGAUGCAGAUGAGAUUGGAAGCUGCAUUAAUGGGGCAGAUACCCUAUGGUAGGCGGAUGCAGAUGAGAUUGGAAGCUGCAUUAAUGGGGCAGAUACCCUAUGGUAGGCGGAUGCAGAUGAGAUUGGAAGCUACAUUAUUGAGGCAGAUACCCUAUGGUAGGCGGAUGCAGAUGAGAUUGGAAGCUGCAUAAGUAAGGCAGAUACCCUAUGGUAGGCUGAUGUAGAUUAGAUUGGAAGCUGAAUUAGUGAGGCGGAUACCCUAUGGUAGGCGGAUGUAGAUGAGAUUGGAAGCUGCAGUAGUGAGGCGGAUACCCUAUGGUAGGCGGAUGUAGAUUAGAUUGGAAGCUGCAUUAGUGAGGCAGAUACCCUAUGGUAGGCGAAUGUAGAUUAGAUUGGAAGCUGCAUUAGUGAGGCAGAUACCAUAUGGUAGGCGAAUGUGGAUUAGAUUGGAAGCUGCAUGAGUGAGGCGGAUACGCUAUGGUAAGCGAAUGUAGAUCAGAUUGGAAGUUGCAGGAGUGAGGCAGAUAUCCUAUGGUAGGCGGAUGUAGUUCAGAUUGGAAGCUGCAUGAGAGAGGUGGAUACCUUAUGGUAGACGGAUGUAGAUCAGAUUGGAAGCUGAAGGCAUAAUGCUAAUACCUUAUGGUAUGCGGAUGUAAAUUGGAUUGGAAGCUGCAUUAGUGAGGCAGAUACUCCAUGAUAGGCGGAUGUAGAUCAAUUUGGAAGCUGCAUUAGUGAGGCAGAUACCCUAUGGUAGGCGGAUGUAGAUCAAUUUGUAAGCUGCAGGAGUGAGGCGGAUACCCUAUGAUAGGCGGAUGUAUAUCAAAUUGGAAGCUGCAGGAGUGAUGCGGAUAUCCUAUGGUAGGCUGAUGUAGGUCAGAUUGGAAGCUGCAGGAGAGAGGUGGAUACCUUAUGGUAGACGGAUGUAGAUCAAAUUGGAAGCUGCAGGAGUGAGGCGGAUACUCUAUGGUAGGCGGAUGUAAUUAAAAUUUAAAGCUUGCGUAGCGAGGCAGAUACCAUAUGGCAGACGGAUGUAGAUAUGACUUUCACCAUAGAUGUUGUGAGUUCGAGCCCCACUAGGGGAACGUUCUCUUUGCCUUUCAAAAAGAACACAUUACUGGUUUCAGCACAGGAGAUAGGCUCGAGAAUAAUUCAUAUAGAUUAGUGUUUAUAGAAGUAUAAGUAUGUUUGCUGUUCCUAUUUAGAUAAUGGCGUAAGAAUCAUGUUAUGGAUUCUGUGUCUCUUGUUGUCAUGGCGUGGACAUACAAUCAGCUUACUGAAAAUAUGAUACAACAUAUGUAAAAAUGAAAUGUUUAUAUAACAACGUUGUAUGUUUACUGUUGUUUUUUCUGUAUUUAUCGAUCAGAAAUAUAUUUAAAGUAAAAUAGAAUCUCUUCCAUCAUGCACAUUGCAUACGUAUAAGUUCAAUAUCUUAAACAUUGGUGUAGAUAUACAUGGAACUUUCAAAUACAAAAUAAUCGUUCUUUAAACAGUCCAAUAUUUAAAAUGCCAAUAAAGUGAUUUAUUCAUUGAAACAGCGAUUGAUACAGAUUGUUACUAAUCUGUUAUUAUUAUUUGACAAAAAUUCAUAACGUCAACCCACAAAUCACACUUGCGCAUAAAAGAACGUUUAGCUUCAUUUAUCAUAUUUAAACCUGCAUUAGCAAAGGACAUGGCAUCAAAGCAGAUUCAGUGUGAAAUGUGUUGUAAGGAAAAUGCAGUUGGAUAUUGCGAAACCUGCGGAUACGUUGGAGAAUCUUGUAUAGAUAUUCACAAGACAGGAAAGGUGUUUCAAACUCACAAUGUCAGUAUGAAUGAGGAAAAUAAUGAAAAUCCAAAAGUCAUAUUACGGGACAUCACAGAAGAAAGAUGUAAGCAGCAUCCGACAGAGAGAGCUAUAUUUCUGUGUAAUGUUCAUGAUUCCAUGAUUUGUGGCCGAUGUCUUCAUUCGGAACAUCUUUCGUGUGGAAAAGAUGUUGUUGAUUUGCUGCAUGAAGGAGUUACCAUUGAUUGCGAGAAAGUCAAAAACAUGAAAUCUGUGCUGAUGGAGGUUAAAGAUGAAAUUCAACUUGUGAGAGAAGACGCAGAACACAGUAAUGAUAACAACAAGAAAAGUGCUGAUAAAUGUGUGAUGGCAUGUAUGGAAUUAGGGAAUCAAAUUAAACAACGUGUCGAUGAACUAACAAGUGGCAUACGAGAUGAAAUAAGAAAGAAAUAUGACGAAAACCUGAGCACCUUUUCUCGUAUAACUAUUACGUGUAAUGAAACCAGCACGUGGUGUGAAAAUGAAAAAAGAAAGAUUGAUGAAUUUGUUGACAAUAAUAUGGCUGGAUACCUGUACCUAACGUGUAGAAAAUUUGAGAAAGGGGUUUCGGAGGUUAGAUCCCGUCUGAGCGAAAUCAAGCACAAGCACACUUUUAAAGGGUUUGACUUUAAAGAAAACAAAGUCAUUCUGAAAUGUGUGUUUGAGGACUUGGGAGAAGCUUGUAAACAAGAAGAAGUUACUGAGAGCGAAGAUGGAAGUACAAACAAUGUUAUCGUAGCCACCACAGAUAUAAAAAAGACACGGCAGGAGCUAACUGUGCUGUUGAGGCAGGCAAUACACUUCUUAGAUAAAUCAGAAAAGACAAGGAAGGCACUGUGUGAUGAGCUAAAAAAUGUAAAACAGCACCUAGAUAAUUCAGAGAAGGCAAGGAGGGCGUUUGAACAAGAACUACUGAAAGGAAAACAGGGCAUAGAGCACUCUGAACGGGCAAGACAGAAACUGUGUGACGAACUGAAACAAGUAAAGCAAGAGCUAGAUAGUUCAGAAAAGUUACGACUGAAUAUGGAGGUGGAGUUAAAACAAACGAAAGAAGCCUUGGCUCAAGUUGAAAGGGAAAAAGUAAUAGUCCAGACAAGACUAUCACACAUCAACAAACACUUUAACUGGACUCAACCAACUGGAACGGUGGAGGUAAAGAUCAGCAAGGAUGAAUACUGUUAUUCUAUCAUCGUAUUGGUUUUUACAUUCCCGGAUGGCAUUCAGACGACGAACCAUCCGUCCCCGGGAAACCCGAUUCAAGGAGGCACCUUCAAAGGACGUUUGAUUAGCGACUGUGAGGGCCAGCUGAUAUGUAGGAUGUUAAAGGCGGCGUUCAGGAGAGGGAGGUUGUUCAACUUGGGGAAGGAAGGAAAAGUUGUCCUUGAUGGCGUAUCAUUGUAUAAUGAUAACGUGUAGGACCUUAGGUGGCAAACAUCUUCGGCAUACGUUAAAUACAUACGGACAUUGAAAGCGGAACUGAUAGCCAAAGGCAUCACAGAGACGGACAUAGAUCAGACGGAGAGGCUAUACAAGACUUUCACUGUCCAUGGUCCGUGACUUUCAUAAGCCGUGUAUCUGUGCUAGAUGCUACGCAGAGUUCUCAAAGGUGAUGAUAGUGGAGUUGGCAGACAAAGGCAGCACAUAGGCAAAAGUAGAUCAUAAAGGAAGGUCACAGUUCAAGGUCAAAGUUUAAGCCAUAGAUGUCGUGUCCGCUCCAUAUCUCCUGAAUUUCUGAAAGAAUGUUCAUGAAACUCCGGUCAAAUGUUCACUCCGUCGAGCAGAGGUGCAAAAUUGUCAUUAAAUCCGAUUUAAGUUCAGCGUCAUAGUUCAAUUUCACAUAUUCGAGCCAUAGAUGACAUGUCGGCUCCAUUUGUUUAAAAUCACUCGAAGGAUUUUCAUGAAUAUUGGGUAAAAUCUCUACCUUAUCGACACGACACUCAGAAUCGGCUCCCUAUCCCCCAACGUCAAAUGUCGUGGAACAGAACAAGAGAAGCAUAGGAGGAGGCAACUGUUUUUGUUUUCAAACAUCUGCCAAAAAUCUGACGAUAAACGUUUUAAUGAGUAAUAUGCAAGAAAAAGAUCAAAUGGAAGAAAUAUGUCAGAGUAAUUAUUGUGUUAAAGAAAGCAGAAAGAGCAUAAAUGUGCAUAACAUAUAAAUAAUAUCCCCUCAUAUAGUUUCGUGAUUCGUUUGUAGCUCCGUUUUUGUUACGUGGUGUUGUCUCUCGUUAGGGGUCAGUUUAUGCGUUAAACAUUGUGCCUCUUAAACGGGUAUUCGUAAAAACAGUUGGUCAACUUGACCCUGUAGUUGCCAUUGUAGUAUGUGUUUAACAAUACAUUGUGUAAAUUGUCAAUCUUGUCUUCAUAAUUAAUAGUAUAUGAUUGUAAUUGUACAGUUCUUGAUGGUUAUGUUUAAUACUAUUUCAUCCUUAACAUAAUAUUAAAUAAUUCGUAUAAUUUUAGAAUGUUAUAUUAGUCCAUGUGUUAUGUAAGUGUGUAUUGUAUUAUAUUUGUAUUAAAAUGUACAUUUUA